AUGAGCCAUCGCGACUGCUUGCCUUCCAGCGUGGCAUUCGACGUGUAUGCAGAGGGAGCGACCGAAAUGCUUUCGUCCCGCGCUAAACUCCUCGAGAUUCUCGACAGCCUCGGCGACGCCUUGCCACCCAAGCUCAAGCACAUUCGUCGCGAAGAAGCCAACUUGGAGCAACCCAAAGCAAAGCCCUGCGAUCUCGACUCCAAUGUCAAAGACGAGUCGUGGAAGGACAUCGAAGUCGAAGCGGGCCCUAGCCUCGUCAGCGAGCACAAACCACAGUCGACCGACACCACCGAGUUUGAGACUGAGUGGGCCAAAUUGCCUCUCGCCAUCACCUCGAUGCCCAGCUUCGGUAACGUUCGGCAGCUCGUCAUGCGCAACUCCACCGGCAAGACGUCGUUCCAGCUCUCAUUGCCCGUUCUGUAUAAUGGCAUUGAUCACUGCUUUCUAUCGCGACCUGCUUUCCACCAGGUGCUGCUCGACCUCGACGCAGACUGCCAGGACGUGUUUCCCGAGCCUGCGGAAGACGUCGGCCUUUUGCCAUCUCACCCCGAUCCUCUGGCGCUCACCGAGGCCUUGUGGGAGAGCCAUUUUGGUGUGCCGCGCCACUUCAAGUGGUAUUCCGCUUUGGCCGAGCUCGACGAUGGCGUGAUGGGCUGCUCCUCGCUGCACUUUAGCCCUCCCAACCCCACUCGUUUCGGUCUAUCCCGCAUCUCGGCCGACUCGCCUAUCGACGUUGUCCACUGCGCUGUGGCCUGUACCAAGCGCCCUCUCUGCUUUGUGGGUCCGACGUGCGGAAUUCUCUACGCGGUCGUGCAGGGCACACUGCUUCUUAUCUCAUGGCCCAGCACCAAGCACAAUUUUGACGCGUGGCACAAGAUGAGCCGUAGCGUCGAUACGAACCAAUACGACCACCUGGACGAGCUGCAGGAUCCUCACAUCAACGUGCUUCGUACCGGCGACGCCGUCUACCUCGCUGUCGGCACGACCAACGUUAUGGUGGCACUCUCGCACGUCGCGCUGACCAGCCGUCAGAUCCUCAAUCCCACCGCCAAGGAGCUCAGCACUAUUGUCCGCUGCAGCAAUCGUCUGAUGGACUCGUACAUCGAACAGCAGAGCAAGGGUUACUCGCCUUUUGACGAGAUGGAGGUCGAGCGUAUGGGCGUCAAUGUGGCGCUGUGGAUGGCGCUGGCCAAUGGCCUUAGCACGGUCCAGGUGAAAAUGAAGCAAGGCUCAAUCAACAAGAAGCUACCCAAAGUCGCGACCACCAAGGGCCGCCUGAGCGCGCGGACGCUGCAAGACUUUCGGCAGGGUCUCCAAGGGGUGGAGAGAAAGAUCCAGCGGUACCGGGCCUCGGUGAACGAGGCAGCUGCCAACGCUGGACGUGGAAAGCGUGGCAGCGGCGACUGUCCACGCAAUCGACCGUAUGACACGCUGAACGCCCUGGCCAGGUGUGCGUCCUCUGUCGAGCUGGGUGCCGAUGCUACCUCGCUGUUGCUGGACGAGGCUGCAGACAGCCUUCACCACUACUUACGAAGCGGUCUUUCUAUCGCUUCGCAUUCUCUCAAGGGCAAGGAUCGUGCCCCCAGCUAA